AUGACUUGGUCGAAGCCGUUCUUGAGACUCCGGGAUCAGCGACCGUGGCUGCUGCCGCUGAGGUCGUCGCAGUCUUUCAUCGUGACAACGAUUUCCCUGUCUAUGUUUACGAUAGUUCCCGUGAUGCCUAAUGCGUUAGUUUUACGAGCAGGGGUGGCAUUUGAAGACAGGGAGUUUUGGAACAGCGUGCUUCUCAUCUCGCAAGCCAUAGCGGCACUCACGUGUUGCCCAGUGUUCGGGUACAUGAUAGAUACCUCUGGAACGCGCCAGGGACCAUACGUAUCUGGGCUUGUGCUGUUGUUUGCAUCCACGGUGAUAUUCGCAGCUUCACACUCAGUAGCGUGGUACAUUGCCGCGAGGGUCCUCCAGGGAGCAGCAACGGCAAUGGUGUCGGUAGCUGGUCUUUCAAUUGUGACAGAUGCAGUAGACAGAGGGAGUCUUGGACAGAUGUUUGGGUAUAUAGGCACUGCUAUGACGCUGGGAUUCAUGUCCGGUCCAGUGUUGGGCGGAGUGGCUUACCAAGUUGGAGGGUUCUAUGCAGUAUUUGGAAUGGCUUUUGGAAUUGUUGCUCUUGACCUCUUUUUGCGACUUGCCGUUGUCGAGAAGAGAAUUGCCGAGCGCUGGCUAUGUUUCACGGAAGGUGAACAGCCAACUCAAGAGAAUGGCUAUAUGCCCGAGCAGCCGCCAUAUGGAACAAUUGGUGAUGUGCCCAAUGGAGCAACUGACGCACAGACUGCUUUGGAGAUUUCGAAGGGUACAUUCGCUAUGGGACAGCUUAUAAGGCAGCCACGGAUUCUCAUCAGUCUUUGGGCCGUCAUAGUUGGAGCACUUGUGAUUUCUGCUUUCGAUGCGACGCUUCCCAUAUUCGUCCAGAACAAAUUCGAUUGGAAUGUGCUGGGGGCAGGCUUAAUUUUUCUGCCCGGUGCCUCGGCUGCGAUUUUCCAACCAUUCUUCGGAUUUUUAUCAGAUCGUCUUGGAUCGCGAAUAAUUGCAUUUGUCAGUUUCGUCAUCCUAGCACCGACUUUGAUCUGUCUUCGCUUGGUCGAAGAAAGAUCAGCCACACAUGUCGCUCUUCUUUGUGUGAUAUUAGUUAUUGUCGGGAUUUGCAUUGAUCUAAGUGAGCCGGCCUUGCUUGUCGAAAUACAGCGUGUACUUGAUGAUAUGGAAGCCAAAACCCCGGGUGUUUUCGGUGGAAAAGGUGCCGUAGCACAGGCUUUCGGGUUGGAAAAUAUGGCCCAUUUUGGCGGUCUUGCACUGGGUCCUUUAGUGGGUGGAUUUGUUGAGUUCCGCUACGGGUGGAAAGUGAUGACUCUUGGGCUCGGGGUCCUGUCAGCGUUGACUGCAGUGCCUAUGUUAUGGCUCAGUGGUCGUCUGGAAAAGGUGUCAUGGACGGAGUCUGCCGACGAAGAAAUGGAGCGGGAACCACUGUUGGUCAUGAGGCCCAAGGCAGCCACUUUGAACACUUCAAAAGGAAGCAAGUUCCAGCCUCCAAAGAAUGACGCCGAUCCAGAGGAAAUUACCAACAUGAAGUUGUUUGGGAGAUUUCGGAAUUCCUUGUCAAACCUCUAUACUGGAACAUGGGCCCGACUGCCAUUUCACCACGCAAAAGGCAGCAAUGAAAGCAACCUCCAAAGAGGGAGUUACAUCUUUCCAGCGGAGUCAGAGCGCCAUGAAGCAACUAUCAUGGGGUUCCCAUCACGGUGCUCCCUGCCCCCUGAUCAAUAUCAUGCUGUCUGUAAUGAGUUAGCACAGCUGGCAUUGGCGAUUGCCGAGUUCGAACCCGUCCGUCUUUAUGUCCGACCUGAGGAUAUCCAAUUGGCCGAGUCCUUGGUCAAAAGCAAUGACACGGGCACGCCCAGGAUAACAAUCAUUUCGUGUCCAAUCAACCAUUGCUGGGUUCGCGACACAGGUCCGGUCUACGUUCGUGACACGACAGGAGCGUUUCUGAAUCGCCGUUUUGCAAUCAACUUCCGUUUCAACGAGUGGGGAGACAAGAAACCCGAAAACGAUGGAAUCUGCUGGGGUCAACAAUGGCCGUUGAUGGACGACCAAACAUUAAAAGAGAACACUGGUUUUGCACAGUGGGUGAUCGACCAUGAUCGCGAACCACUUCCUGUUGAGCGAAUCGACGCUCCAAUCCGUGCGGAAGGAGGCGGUCUGGUUACCGAUGGCGAAGGGACGCUCUUGAUUACAGAGAGUAGUAUUGUCUGCGAGGCACGAAAUCCUGGGAUGUCCAAGGCUGACAUUGAGGUGGAACUGAAACGGUUGCUCGGGGUUGACAAGGUCAUCUGGUUCCCCGGCCGGCGCAACGUUGACAUUACCGACGUGCACAUGGAUGCUGAGGCGAGGUUCGUGCGGCCUGGGGUAAUCGCUUACUCCAAGCCUCACGCCAUUGCGAUAGACCUGUGGCAGGAACUGUCUGCGGAGAUCCGGGAUAUCCUGGGUCGAGAGACAGACGCGAAGGGUCGGCGUUUGGAAAUCCACACCAUUGAGGAGCCAGACCCUCGAGGUUUGGUGGCAUCGGACCAAGAGUUAGCAGCCAGCUAUGUGAAUUUCUAUUUUGUCAACGGCGGACUUAUCAUCCCCAAAUUCGGUGACGCCGAGAGGGACCAAAAUGCCUUGGAGAUACUCCAGAAGUUGGUGCCGGAGCGAGUGGUAAGGCAGGUGUACGCUAGCGCGAUUCCCCUGACUGGCGGAGUGCUGCACUGCGUUACCCAACAAGUUCCAACUCUAUAG